GCAGUUUCAUACUCUUUGUUACAGAGAUAAGUCCAAAGAUUUGAUUUUUUCUCUUUGACUUGACCAAGAUUCGCGCGCACCUAAUGCCUCAGGGAGGAAUCUGAACCUGAAUCCCCGCCCGUUCUGCUUAUGAAUCAUCUUUAACGGAUGCUUGGCACGAUUGCGAAUUGUUGCGUUUGGUGUUGAGGUUGAGUGGUGUUGAGAGCUGGAGCUUGGGUUGCGUGUAGGAGUAUAGAAGUCCCGCGUGUAGGCGGCGAAAGCUUGUGUGAUCUUGUGCGAGUCGUGGUAGUAUUGUCGCGGCGUAUUGUUUUUGUCAAGUUAUUCAGGACAACCUGUUAACGAAAUCGAAGUUUUGUAAUUUCCAGUGAAUUUAUUCAUUCCACUCACCUUAUCGGAAAAUGCAUCAUUCUGCAAUAUCUAGAGCAAGGAAAGACGUGUCCAGGCGUAAACUUAAGGCCAUGGGAGACCACAAGGCAUUCUUGUCAAGAAUCAAGAAGUCGUUGUAUUAUGGAAAAUUGCCAGACACUGAGCGAUUUAGCCUUCCUGUAUCUGAAAUUGCUGCCGAAAUUUUUUCAAAAAUCAAAAACGGAAAAAGCUUGGAUCGAUUAGAUAUUGAAGAAGCUGCAGAUUUAUCCCGAAAUGCAUGUGUUUCUCCGUGCUCCCUUGUUCUAGCAUUGUUAUAUUUAGAAAGAUUGAAGACCUGCAAUACAGAAUAUCUACAGAGAGUGGCACCAUCUGAAUUAUUCUUGGUGUCAAUGAUGAUUGCUAGCAAAUUCCUUCAUGAUGAUGGAGAAGAAGAUGAAGUUUUCAAUGAUGAAUGGGCUACUUCAGCUGGACUAGAUGUUAAGGAAGUGAAUCGUUUUGAAAAAGACUUCUUGCAAGCAAUAGGAUGGGAAGUUUUUGUAAGUGAACAAGCUUUUUGGAACAGACUACAAGAACUUGAAAAAGAUGUAGCAUUACGAGAAGGAAAAAGAAGAGGCUGGUUUUCAUAUUCUGAUUUGGACCAUAUAUUGGAAAUGCUAGACUUGACAACUGUAGCACAAACUGUGAUUUCUGUGUCUGCUGUAUGUUUAACCAGUUAUACUGCGAGUGUGCUUACUCUUAUCGGUUCAGCAUUCAUAGUCAGUCAGAUUCCAGGCAGUUCCAUUAGUUCCAGCAUUUCUUCCAUUUCGAACAAUCGCCUUACCCCUGUCCAGCCUUUGGCAGAAGAAACCCAGUCUUUGCCCGUUUCAUCAGUUCUGGAUGAGGCUGAAACCAAUUCUAUUGUAUCUUCUUUGUCAUCCUGUGCUGGUAGAUAUGCUUCACUAGAAGAAUUGAAGAAAAUCAAUGAAAAAGACAAUGCUCAUAAUAGUAGUAAAUUUAGAGACUAUACAAAUCCUUGGCAUUUGAAUCUGGAUUGGAAUAGUGCUCUUUCCCAUUAUUCAAAAUGUAAUCAGAGCUGUGAAGACACUAUAGGCAAAGAAACGAAUAUUGUGAGUUUUCUGAACAAAUUAUUAGUUUCUGAAGAAAACAUAGAAGGCAAUUUCUCUAAUAGAUUGUUUGAGUGGCUAUUAUGGGCGAGAACAUGGUUGGAGUUGCCAUCAGCUCAGGGAAUCCAACAGACUGGUUAUUUGCCUGUGGAAGUUUCAGUAAGUUAAUAGAAAUGAUUUGUAUGAAUCUGGUACAAAGACUGGUUAUAUUGACUGACAUAGCAUUUUGAAGUAUGGUUUUGAGGUCUUGCCCAGUGCUACCCAAAGUUUUGAAUUUGUUUCAUGUGGUGCUGAGAGUUAUAUAUUUUUGUUUAUGAAAUCUCUUUAAUGACUAACACCUAUGAAACAAAAUAUUUUUUGUAACAAAAUUUUGUUUAUUUACUUGCUUUAUAAGGUCUUUUUAAAGGACCUUGCGAAUAAAUGUUACUUUGGUAUUGAUAAAAUGUAAUGAAAAUAAAGAUUCUAAACAUUCUUGCAUCAA